CUGUAAACAAAAAUUCAAUGCGUUACACAUGUUACAUUAACAUGAUAAUGGAGGAAUCAUUCUGCAUAAGACAUCCUGAGGAGUGUUAACAUCAGAUGUAACCUGAAUGCUCUCUUCGUUCCAUGAUAAGAUAUGACACGGAUAAGCAGAUGGUUUACAGGAGUUAUACUAUGUUCCUCCUUAUGUUACGUUUCGUAUGGUGGUACCUGUUCAAGACGGAGAGCCGUAUGGUAUACAGUAAGCGUGUGCUCUCAUAGGUGUUGGUGGUGGUGUUGCGGGCAUAGAAAUGUUUGGAGAGUUUACUAUACAUAUGACGAUUACUGCUGUCCUGGUUGGAAAGGAUAUAGAUGUAACACACCUAUUUGUAGCCCGUCGUGUCGUAAUGGCGGUACAUGUGUUAGGCCGUAUACGUGUUCAUGUCCCAGUGGUUUUCAAGGAGACAUAUGUUCUGGCCUAUCUCAGUGUUCUUACAACAAACCUUGUUAUCCAGGAAGGUGUUAUGGUGGUAGUGGGUGUAGUUGCACUCCUGGAUUCACUGGCAGAACGUGUUUAGAACUAAGAAGCCAAAAGUUUAAGCCACUAAUUGAGAGGAUUAAUUCAACUUUCACUUACCACAGUUUUACUAAAAAUAAAGAUGUCUACAACUACAUGGCCGAUGCGACGAACAGAACUGAUGGUGACAUUGUGUGGACAAAUCAAAAUAAAUUCAACCAAUUAGAAUUCGAUCUUGAAGCCUACGUAGAUACUAAAACUGUGUUUCCUGACAAUCCAUCAUUACCUUCAUACAUUAUGGAAAACAAAUUGGGUAUUGUAGCUGCAAGUGUUAAAAUCAUACACGAAAAACUGAGAACAGGUGGGAGAUAUACAGCAAAGGAACAGACUCUUUCUUGUCCUGGCGUGUCAACUGGGCCACCUAUCAGUGACACACGUUUCAAGUGCUAUAAAAAAGAAUCUUAUAUAACUCAGUUUGACUCCGGAGACAGGUAUACAUUAAAAUAUUCCAUUACAACUGGCGGGUAUAGGAAGCUUAGAAAUACCCAUACUUGGAACUAUUUGAGAAGGGAAACGUACUCCGGUAUCACCGAAGAAAAUUCCAUGGAAUUCAGGUUUGACUAUGAUGAACCAAACCAUUGCAUAGAAAAUGCCAGUUGCACUUCAAAUGAAAUCCCAUUGCAGUUGAAAGAUAUAACUAAGUCGCCAAUCUCACCAAGAUGGUCUGGAUGGAAAGACACGCUAGCGGGAAUAGGGAAAUAUGUCAUAGAGUUUUGGAAAAUGGAGUAUAGUAUCGAUUACUCAGGUUUACGAGAACCAGAUAUAACAACAAACUUCAAUCCAGUUCCGGAUUAUAUACAGGAAAUACUACCUGAGAACCCCAUAAAGUUUCCUACAUUCGAACCAAAAGAUCCCGGUGUUUAUUCUGUCAUUAUAGAAGUUAAUGACAGAGCAAAUAAUUCAAAGUAUGCCAGAAGAUUUGUCAUUUAUGACAAUACGUCAGAAAUAAUUACCAGUGAAAUUAAUCGCUUAUAUGCAACUUCUGCAUCCAAUGAAUCGCAUUUCUCAUGGACUACGAAAUUUAGUUCGCACAUGAAUGUGUCAUGGACAAAUCAUUUUGUAAAUGAUGUGCACGAAAAGGGACAAUUUUUGGCCAAGAUUUUAGAUUAUACACCCAGACUGAGUGAUAAAAUAAAAAGAGUCGAUUACAAGAAAAUUCUACCAAUAUUUGAUGACACUGAGGGCAUCAGAAAUAAAACGGCUAUAAAAAACAUAAACUCCAUUGUACGAUUUGAAACCAUACAUGGGAAAGUAAGUUCAAAAAUACCACAGAUCGGAUGGGUUCCUGUUUUUCCUCUUCGGGAAAACUUUACGUUUAGGUUGGAUGGAAUUGAUAUAGAAGAUGGAGAUUCACACCAAUUUUGGGUUCGAGCAUUUGAUAUCAUGGGUAAUACAAAAGUGGACUCUACCGUUGUUCAUUUUGAUAGCAGUGAACCGUUUGUAUACGAACCAAUGAUAGAUCUUAACAUAAAAGAUGGAAAUUAUCCUUUCUCUAGCAGCGUUGUUGUUUAUGCGAAGGAUGAACACAGUGGUAUAAAGAAAGUGUCAUUUAAAUUCAAAGUAAACAAAACAGAAGAGGUCAGAAGCGAGCAUACUUUUGAUAUACAAACACAGACUCGAGAAUACUGCCACAAACUACUUAAGAUUGUUACUGUGUUCGGAUGAAUGAUUGUUUUAUGAUAGACACAAAACUUGAAAUAAACAAUUGCUGGAUGAAAGUUCCAAUUGGGGACAUUGAAAAUGAUGUUUAUGUACUAGAGGUUACGGUGUUUAACUCUGCAAUGCUUCAAUCAAG